UGCAACGCUCAAUAAUAUGGACCCUUACACGCCACGAAUACGUCCAGGAGAUGUUUAUCUGCAAAAGAAUAUACCAAGAUUACCGGCACUAUCGCUUCUGUUUGCGGAAACAGACGACUGAACGACGAUAUCUAUGAAGAUCCAGAUGUUUCAUGCACUCAUCACGAGAAAGCCAUAGCAGAAGUAUAUGGCACUCUUCUAACUGCAGCGGGGCUGCUUUAUAUCGAGAUGCUCAGUGUAUGGACAACUACGGGUCGUCUCGAAGACCCAUAUGAGGAGCUGUGCGUCAAGGAGAGCGAGUUCAUCAGUAAGGGCAUUUUGGAAGUGGAUUACACAGACGAGUAUUGGGAUAGGCGAUAUAUACUUCGUGAUGGCUCGACCCUUUCUUCAAAGCGCGAGCAUACAGAUGUUCCUCCACCACGUGCUGCUGGAGGUUGAUUUCCCGGUGGCGCUUGUAUACCGCCCCUCCUGGAGGGUUGGAAAUGCAAGUUUUUACUUGUAGAUAAAUAUCUCAAUGUGAUACGUGAAUGUAGGAUCGAGGCCCGGGUGCAAACCGAUCAAAUUGAUUCAACGAAAGAGUCGCUGUCCAUGGACUUCGUUGUGUUGAGUCCCAUAUCUUAUUUUCAAGCAUUGCAAAUUCAUCGAAAACACGUAUACACAUGGAUCACACAUCCUGCUGCAAGAUGAAGCUCAUAUAUCGGCUCCGCUCUCUCAAGCAUUAUUUCUUCCUGGCCUCCUCAUCAUUCCUCACUUACCUCUUAAACCUUGCUCAUGGAACUGAAGAAGGGCCUGGGAAGAUGCCGUGUUCCGUGAAGAUGUAUGAGUCACCACCGCGAGAUGAAUGGUUACCCAAGGUCAUCAACGUGAGUGGCGUGAUCAGCG